AUGUUGUUUGAUGAUGUUUUUCUGUGUACUUUGAUUGCAAUCCCAGAUGAAAAAAAUAUUAAAAUCGUAGGUCAUUGUGAGAUGUGGGGCAUCUUUUCUUCAACAUCAAACUCCACUCAGAAAGGCGAUGAUGAACAAGAAGAAUCUUCAAUUCCAUCUACAGUCGACAUACCAACACUACUGAGCCACGAGAAGAGAAAUAGUACGAUGAACUACCAAUUCGAAAAUAUUGUAGCGCUCAACUCCACGUGCUUCAAUUUUAUAAGCAGAUGGGCAAAUGUUCCGUUCAACUCGAUUGACUGA